CUGCCGAACAUUUGUCGAGCUGGAGCACAAUUGUGCCAACUUAACAUCAAAACUCAUUCAAGAUUGCAUGUGGGGAAGUCACUCAUCGCAAGAAAAAAACAGCAGCAAACAAGUAGACAACGCGUACGACACCCCUGCUCACCUCCUCCACCUUUCUAUCCGAUCGACACUGUUGGGGCAGAAUGUGUGGACCCUGCGUCCGUUUUCCCCCAUCUCAUACACACUCAGGAUUUCCCGAAUGGUGAAUCGUCUUCAGGUAUUAAAUUUUCGACAAGACCGUCGAAUAAUUCUGCCCCGAAUAUAGUCAAACAAAAAUGCCCCGAACCUUGUAGCAAUAUCAAUGAAAACAAAAACACAGUUAAAGCUCUUCGGAACAACAUUCAACCGAUCGCCAAACGUCCGAGAAUGAAUCUUAAACGACAACAACAAGCGAACAAAGAAAACAAAGUGGAAAGCGCACAGAAAAGACCUGACUUAUCUAUUCGGCUUAAUGUAAAGGACAAGAGCACAGAUGACCCGGAAUGCAAGCGAAAUGUUCACAACGCCCUCGAACGCAAGCGAACAAACGAUUUGAAGUACAGUUUUCAACUUCUACGCGACAGCAUGCCUGAACUUAAAGGUUUAGAACGAACCCCCAAAGUGGCAAUACUAAGAAAAGCAACGGACUGUAUAUCAAAGCUAACUUCCGAACAGGAACGAUUACUUGAAGACAAGACGAUGCUCGAGAAACGAAAGCAGUCACUACAUGAAAAGUUACAACGACUAAAGCAAUUAUCGUAGUUAAAACACGAACACGAAGGUCGAAGGUAUAAACCCCGAACAGUUGCUGUCUAUACGUCAAAGUUUUAUAAUAUGACAGUUGUCUGGGCUUAAUACCAACAUUUCCGUUUAUAUUGGUCUGGUUUUUCUGCUUUUUGCGUUCGUAAAACACAAAAUAUUAUAUUUACAGUCAGAAUAUAGGG